CUCGGCAGCAGGUGCAAGCCAUUUAAAAAUGUCGGCCAUACAAGUCCAGUCUUUUAUUUUCCUGCGUGCUCGCUCUGUAAUCACCGCUCGUUCCUAUUAGACUCCUAUAAGCCAUCCAUUACGCUUUGUCCCCUUCAUAACAAUUCAAAUCGCAGCAAGAUUUAGAGUAAAAACAUGUUUGUCGCGCACACAGGUAGAAUUCCACCCCCUUGAUCUCGCAGCAAAAGGGUCAAAGAGAGGGUGUACAAAGGUGUCGAGCAAAAAUCUUUGUAAAAACACCCCUGCACGUUUACCAUCUGCCUUCGUAUGUGUGGGAACCUCAUCUCGGUUGCGAUUCUCACGACUCCACACCCCACACAUGUCGCGCGUCUCACUCGGGCGCCCAUGCCAGCCCAUCCUGGCUCUCGCUCGACCGAAAAUACGCACACCUGUCCCUUUCCGCAGCGCUCAUAGGUCCAUGGGGUUCGUGCCCCACUUAGCCCAAGGGGCGCCUAUAUAAGCCCGAACCCUCACAACUCAUCAUCACACUGUGAAAAUGAACUGCAACGACAACUCCACCAACGAGAACCUCCUCAACGCCAAGAAGGCGCGCUCGGCCUUCCACCAGCUGAAGAAGCUCAUCUCGGCCUUGGUGAAGAAGCCGAAGAACAGCUACAAGAAAUCGCCCGACUUCGACGAGAUCGAGGACAACCUCGCCAACGAGCUGCUCGAGAACCAGAUCUUCGAAGACAUCGACUCGUGCGAGGACUUCGCCGCGGUGCCGGUGUACCGCGAGGGCCACGUGGAGGUGCUUCCGGUCUGCCGGGGGCAGCGGUUCGUUCCGGUGCACUUUGCCCGGACCGACGCCGGGACCUUCUUCUGGACGUCCAUGGCGGGCCCGGACUGCGAUUUGAACCAGCAAGGGGACAAAAACGCCAUCACUUACUACCAGCAGCCGGAAUUACAAGUUCCUGCAUACCGAUGGGCGCAAGCCUAGUGAUCCCAGUGGCCUGUGAUUUACCACGACUGAGCGAUUUGUGAUAAUUGUACCUUUUGCAAUUUUUUAAUUGUGAUGGCAGCUUUAAUUUUUUUGUCAUAUUAUAUGUCUUCCAAUUAGGUUUAAGGCGAUUCUAUUGAAUAAAUAUUUCUAUAAGUA